AAUCUUCCUUGCGGGAAGGGGAAAAAAAAGAACUCCGGAGUCCAUGAUUUCUUUCUGGUACUUAAAUUUACCUUUCUGGAAUGUGCUUCUUUCCCAAACAACAUGCACAGCAAAUGAAGCCAGCCCCAUGCGAGCAUUUGUCAGAUCUCACGAGCAGAUUUCUUACGACCGAGCAGCUUUGGAGCAGAUGCAUCGGGAAGUGAGGCGAGGAGAACGGAGAUCCUUGUGGUUGGAAUUCCAUGCGUUUCAAAGGAUCUUUAGGCUGCAUCUCUGGAAGGACACAAGUGUUUUUGCUAAGGAUCUUGAGAUUGUGAUGAACGAUACCUCCAAACCUGCGGAUGUCUCCUUCGUUUAUUCAGGCACCCUACAAGGAGAUGCAGCUUCUUCCUGCCACGGGUCCAUCGUCCACGGCGCCUUUGAGGGAUUCAUCCAGACGCAGAAUGGCACCUAUUACAUUGAAUCUGCGGCUGUGGUCAAAGAGCCUCCCCAGGCCCUUUCCUUCAUCUAUCACCAGAGAGACUUAGAUUAUGAACUUCUGCACGACUCCAAAUCCGCAUCUCUGGCUCAGAAACUGCACCAACAACUGCAAGAUUUCCAACGGCAGCUGACAGCAAAGGCAAACUACACCCAUCGCCCCCGGAGGAGUUUGAAUUAUUCAAAGACGUCCUGCCUGCUUCAUUUUCAAGCCGAUCACCUGUUCUAUCAACGGUUUGGCUCCGUGGAAGCUGUGAUCGCCCAGAUUGCCAGCUAUGUAAAAGCUGUGAAUGCCAUUUACGAAGCUGCUGAAUUUGGCCGGAUCGGGACCAUCGAAUUCAAAGUUAAGACGAUCAAA